AUGAAAAAAGUGAUGCAAAUAUUUUUGAUCUACUUUCUACUGGAAUUUUCGCGGGCUCAAUUUUUCCUAUGUGGCUCUUCGCCAAAUCAAUACUAUUCUGAGCAAGGUGAGAAGCCAGGAAGCCUAGGCCUAGGCCCAAAAAGCCCCGAAUUUUCCAGAAUGUCCAUCAAAUCUGAAAACGUGUCCAAAUGGCGGGCUGUCGCUAAACGUGGGUUGCCAACAGGAUUUUCAAUGUACACCCUACUCCACUCAAAGUGGUGCCACGUGUAUUAACGGAAUUUGUUGCACCAACAGAAAUAGUACUGUACCUGCUACAGUACCUACAGUCCCAACUCAAAAAGAAUUUGGAAUCUGUCCGUCGGGCCAAUUAUCAGAGGUCAAAUGUGGCGGGGCCAAUUUGGUAGCAUGUGCGAUGGGGCAGAUUUGCACAAAUGGAUUGUGCUGCACAAAAACGGGAAAUGAGUGGAAUUGUAAGUUUUUUAGGGGGUACUGUAGUGGGUUACUGUAGAAAAGUUUCCAACCUGUCCCUUGCUCUCAGGUACUGUAGUUCAAUUUGCAAAUUGAAAAUAUUCCCAAAAACUUCAGUGAAAUAUUAUCCCAAAAACCUACUGUACCUUUAAAAAUCCUAUAUUUUCUCACGAAAAAUAUUACUCUGGAUUACUGUACACUCGAAAGUCUACAGUAACCUUUCAAAUUCUUCAAUUUUCCAGCCGCCUGUGGUGGUCUCGCCGCGCUCUCCUCGUGUAACUCUCUCGGACAAUGUGCCACCGGUAGUGUCUGUGUCUCCUCGAAUUACUGCUGUGAAUGUCAAAUCGGUCAAUCCUACGGAACUUGCGCCAACUCAACAGGCGGUUCUUGUCCACGUGGAUUCCAAUGCAAUUUUUCAACCGGAUUCUGUUGUCCGCCAACACGGUGUGCUAAUGGUGAAAUGCCGCUUGGCGCAUGCUCUUUGGAUGGAAAAUGUGGAGGUGGAAAAAUGUGCCAACCUGGAAAUAUUUGUUGUUGA